GGCUGUCAGUCGGACGCGCGUCUUGUCCGUGUUCGGUGUUUUCCCGUGCUGCAGACUACGCGUGACUAUUCGAUCCUACACGACUACGUUAACAUUUUGUUUUUAACGUAAACGUCUGUCUUGUGACCGUUUCGGCCACCUUUUUCUCUACCCUCGAUCCACCACUUGUUGCACCGUCACGAAAAAACAACUUCACCGGCCAGCACAUAUAUUGCGGGAACCGCUAUUAAGAAUAUACUUUUACAAGCCGUCACCCAAGGAUCUAUGCCAUAAACAAAUCAAAUAUCUCCGAAUUAGUGGAAUCGACGGGGCACUAUGAUAAUUAACGUGCACAUCUGUCCAGUCGUUUUUCUCCUCAUUAACAUCAUUCACAAUGUGCGAUUGGUGGACAUUGCGGAGUUACCGGUAAUGCAAGAACCGACAGCAAAACCACUACAUUCUAAAGAGGGCGAUUCGGCUUUAAUGACAUGUGUCGUAAGAAAUUUAGGCGAUCACACAGUUUUGUGGAAAACUGAAAAUAAGGAUAGACACAGCUGGAAAGUGUUGACUGCCGCGGAAUCUAGAAUUACUGCCGACAGGAGGUUCGAAGUUCUGCACGACAAAGGUGGUGACGUCUGGGUGUUGUCAAUUAAGAAUGUCAAGUUUAACGACUCCGGUGUGUACGCUUGCGAGGUAAAUAGCGACCCAGUCGUCAGAUCGUUCCACACAUUAUCGGUGCUCUCUUCUAAUCUUGAACCGCCUCUAGAAAACAUUACUUCUGUGUACUACGGCAAAGAUGACGAAACCGAGGCGAUCGACGUCAAAAACCACAACUACACGGACUGUUGUAUAGCAAGAAACGUGAGCGCGAGCUGCUUAGGAUUUUGUAAUAUACAAAGCAUAUUGGACGGAAGCACCGGGCAAGACCCGGAAAACUGCGAGCCGGAUUUUAAGUCCAUCGUGAAAUGCAUGGCAGACGGUAGAAAUCACGUUCCUUGCUGUAUUCAAGAAGGUAUUCCCGACAUAUGCCAAGAUGUUUGUCAAGGAGAGUACACUCCAAUCACAGACAAUAUAAAAACGAUGGUCUCGUGUUCACCCUACACCGAACAGACAUUGGCAUGCAUCGUUGAGGGGAUAGAGAUCCUACCUAGCCAGCCCGAAGAUGUGCAAGUUAUAGUCAACAGCAGCUCCCUAUUUAAAAUAUCGUGGGACAAGCCUAAGUCCAAUUCGGCGUCUGUUAAAGAAUUUGUCGUAAACGUGACCAUGUUGAAGUCGUUUGACAGCAUAAGCUCGUUCCCAGAUAACGACGGCAAUAGUCAAUCGGUUGUUACACCUCAUAGUAUUCAAGUAAAGGUACCGGGAACCGAGUAUGAAGUCAAAAUCGACAACUUGACACCAUUCACAAUGUAUGAAGUAACUAUUGUGGCUACUAAUAAGCAUGGAUCUAGUCUACCUUCAUUAGCUAUACGAUCUCUUACACUGAAUACCGAUCAAAAGACUACACGUAAAGCAAAUGCCGACCCUUCAAAGUUACCUCCAUUGCCCGACAUAAGAUCAUGUUGCGUUAAAAAGGGCAUUACACAUUCCUCAUGUUUAGAUAAGUUAUGUGACCCAUCAAAAUCCGACGGAGCCGAAGUAACCGAUUUAAUGAUUUGUGCCCCAUGGGCAUCACAAACAUUCAGUUGUCUCACAAACGGAAUAGAUCAUACUCCCUGUUGCCGUGCAAGAGGUUUGCCGCCUCUGUGUCAAACAUUGUGUGCUGGUAAUCUGACCCAAAUAGAUUUCAGCUAUUUCAAGUGUUUACGUUUUAUGGAUGACUACACAAGUUGUCUUUUACAAGGAUACGGAAUAGUUCCGUCAGCUCCUAGACGUCUUAGAGUUUCUAACGUGGAUGUUGAUUUUGCAAUAUUCCAUUGGGAACCGCCAAAGGACUUGGCAGAAACUGUCACACAUUAUAACGUAUUUUACAGACUAGUUGACGACGAAUACGAUUCUGUCACAAACGUACAUUCUCCAUUUAUUUUGGAACAUUUAAAACCUAAUACUUUAUAUGAAGUAUUUGUGGAAGCUGUCAACGGACAUGGCUCCGGGGAGCCUUCACAGCGUAUUGUUUUCUCCACCAAAAGCCAGAUCGUCAAAGACCGUGAGCUGACCACCUCGUCGUAUAAUCUGACUGAAUGUUGCGUGAAUAUCAAACUUCGACAAAUGUGCAUGCCGCUGUGCUCGUUUGACGCCAAUAUGACUGAUAUCAGAAACUUAGCGCCAUUUUGUGGUGCAGAACUCCAUAAACUCAUUAAGUGUGGGGCGGGCGGUCGCAAUCAUGGAGCUUGCUGCACGCGCCGAGGAGUCCCAGGAAUAUGUACACCACUGUGCACCGGUGUCGUGCCAGACUCUUUAAUAAGCACAGCGGUUAAUUGCGCCUCGUUCAUAGGCAACGUCGUACAAUGCUUUGAAGAAGGUACUGGCAAGUUACCAGGUCCCGUGGGUGACAUGCACGCUGUAAAGUUAACCAAUACCAGCGUCUCGUUAGUGUGGAACUCUCCAAACGAUAACAGUAAUAUUACCACUUACGUAGUGCACUACCAAAAAGUCAACAAUGCUACUGUGCACGAGAAUACAAUCAAAUUAGAUCAGCAAGUCGAAGUAAACGAGACUUCAAUUCAAUUAAAAAAAUUGGAAACUGGAAAAUUGUACAAAAUUUUUGUCGUAUCCAAAAAUGCUCACGGCACAUCGUUACCAUCAUCUAUACUUUUGCUCAAUAUUACUGACACAGAUGUUGACAAAAGAGGUAUAGUAGGGGUAACGUCUCCUCCACAUUCUUUAGUCGUCUCCGGACAUAGUGCCAAUUUUGUUACCAUUAAUUGGCAACCGCCAGAGUUCAGUCACGUAUCCGAAGAAAUCAACUAUAAGCUUUACUGGAAAACCGUGGCGGAGACUUCGUUCCAUCAGGUAGACGUACCCGUGCCCGCGUUCACUCUUGAUAAUUUGUCGCCAAACUCGCAGUACAUUGUUUACAUCGUGGCCGUAUCGAAAAACGGACAGAGUCUACCGUCCGAAACACUGAUUGCAUGGACCGAUCCGGCUUACCCAGCGUUCGUCGAACCACCUACUGUCCAUCCGAUAAACCUUGUGAUUGAGGGUAGCAGCAUGACAGUUUUGUGUAUUGCUAUGGGCACGCCAUCGCCAACUAUUUCUCUUUAUAUAUCCGGGAGAUUGGUAAGACAGGAGACAUCUAGACAUAUGGUGACAGUCAUUCAUAAUGUCACUAGGGAUAUGGACGAAAUAUCGUGUUACGCUGAUAACGGUUACGGCACACCAAUGCAAUCGUCCAGGAAAAUCAGCAUAAGUUAUGUUCCCAAAUUGGUGGCGUCUAAGAUCACUAUGGCUAGUCUCGGCGACACAGUUACACUUGAAUGUAUGGUAGACGCUCAUCCUGAACCAAAAAUGAUGUUUUGGAGAGACGCGCAAGGUCGGACGCCUGUCAUCCAAAGCAGCAAGCAUGACAUCAACGUGAUUCGCUCCAAAGAAGAUUACACUAAAUUUGUUAUGGAACUCACCAUUAGUAAAUUGACCGAGCAAGACGAUGGCGACUAUUACUGUCACGCGGAAAACUCGUUUGGAAGCUCCACAAAGCCGGUAUCCGUGAGAAUCAGAAACUCGGUGACCACCAAUAACGUGACCCAGUGUUGCGUUCAACAAAAUGUUACCGCCGGUUGUUUAGACGCCUGUUCUUCGUCGUACCUCGAUAUUAAUGUGGCCAUUGCCAGAGCAGAUUGUUUCAACGAUUUUGACAAAUUAAUGAAAUGCGCAUCAGAUGGAUCGGACCAUAGAGCUUGUUGUUCAGACCGUGGAGUACCCAGACGUUGCUUGGAAUGGUGCCGAGGAGAACCAGUCAACAACAAAAUGUGCGUUCUUUCUUAUUCAAAAUCAAUAUUAGCUUGCUUCCACGAACUCAAAGACAAAUUGCCCGGACCUCCGACCAACGUGCGCAUAGAAAAUGCGGACGGCCAUACAAUCAUUGUAAAGUGGGAUCCGCCGACAAAAAAUCCACAGACUGUCGAAGUUUACAGGGUGUUUUGGAGACGUGUAGGUAACAAUAGUCCAGAGAAAAACGACACUAAAGAAACGUCUAUGCGAAUCAGUGGACUUAAGGAUGAUCUGGUCUAUGAACUGGUUCUCAAAGCCGGUAACGCGAGAGGAAUGAGUACGCUUACUAGUCCAUUACGAUUUUCUACAUCUGAAAAAGAUGUCACAUCAGCCGCUAGUAUAGGUGAAAGUAGAACUGAUAUUGGAACACUAUUUGGGGUGUUUGUCGCAAUUUUGAUCGUGGGAGGUAUUGUUGCCGGCGUUGUUUAUUAUAUGCACGGUCAUGGUCAUUUGCUACAUAAGUCAUCCAGUGGAGUUUCUUUCGAAAACCCUAGUUACUUGAGAGAAGUCAAUAUGGAAAACAUGAAUCAAAGUGAUAUGGCUUACCCUUCCGCGGCUAAUGGCAUAGCCACCGCUGAAUGGAAACAAGAUCAUUUGCAUACAGCCACCGAAGUGCCUCCAACGUUGUACGAAGAGCUUAAACUCGGUUCAGACGGUGCCGGUUUCAAACGAUUAAAACCAUAGAUACACAACACACAGUAUUACCAACCAAUAAUCCAAAAAAACCUAAAAAAAUGUAUUUUAUAUUAUAGAAUCAUAUUGAUUAUUUAUGUGUUUAAUUUUCGGCAUUGAGUGCACGAUGAAAAUACAAUUUAAUUUUAACGUCACAAAUAAUAAUAUAUAAUUAUAAUAAUUAUAUCAAUAUUAUAUAAUCAGGAGUACCACGCUAUUGGUGUGUAUAAUAUGUAGGUUAAACAUAGUAAUAAUAAUAAUAAUAAUCGGUGGUUAGAGAGCGACCUGUCAUCGGGAAUUUAACUUGUGUUAGGUAUUUUUGUUUUUAAUUUGGCGUCUACGCGUUUUGAAAUGUGCUACCCAAGUACUGCUGUUUGACCUUUAAUCAGUUAAAAUGUGUACCCUGCGAAAAAAAGACGCUAAAUUAAAAAUAAAACCCUCACUAUUCAUUAGAUGAAUUUAUUAUAUAAGUGUUUUAUGUACACAAGCGCUUUGUUAAUAGUUUUAUGUUAAAAUUAUUGUACUAUGCGUAAGAUGCGAUUACGAUAUUAAAACGCUGCUACUAUGUAUAGUCAUUGUUAGGAAUUUCGUAAAUGUAUGUUUUUAUUCUAGUUUUACUUUGUAUUGUAACGUGUAAUAUAUUAUAUUAAAAAAAAAGACACACAUAUUAUAAUUAUACAUAUAUAUAUAUAUAUAAGGCGAUAAAAAAUGUAACCACUGUGAUCUCUGUUAAUCUAUAUCUAUGUAAUCAUAAUAUUAAUAAGUGCAGUCGUUCAAUUUUAAAUAUAAGAACAAUCUUUUGCACCAGAUUUUAUAGAUCCAACAUCAUAAUAUUGAACUAAAAAUGAACUUGUGGUUUUUUUG